UCCGGCGGGGCGGGCCGCGCUCGGGCCCGGGACGGCGACGGCGGCGGGGCCGCGAUGCACGUGGAGCUGAGAGGAUAGGAGAGGUACUGGCUUCGUUUUUCUUGAGGCUGUAGAAGGCAACGUAGGGGAGUUCAGCAUUACGGUUGUGUGGAUGGUAAGGGGUCUGCAGACCAAGCGUUGGCUCGUCACGAAAGGCACUAAAUGAACCUAUAUGUGCUUAAAAAUAUGUUGGCUUUAGUGCAUAAUACUGGUUUUGGGGCUGUGUUGUUGUUUGAUGGGUGGAUAUCUCACGGUAUUGUACCUUAUCACUAUACAAAACCAGAACUGCUUUCCUGCUAGAGUUUUUAAUGUUAAUUUGUGGUUUAUGUGGUUAAAAAGAAGGUAAGCUGUACAGUUAAUAACAAAGCUGGCAAGCGCACCAAGCCUUAAUACGCAGAACUUUUGGGGCUGUGUGUAGCUGUGUUGUGUGGUACGUGUCACAAGAGAUGAGAUAAAGAGAUACUUUUGAUGAAGGGCAGAAUCUUCCCUUUCUGCACCCUCUCAGAGGCUUCCUUUGGAAGAGACAGGCUGUGGCAUUGCUGAAGCUGAGCAAACGCUAGAGCUGAGGUAUUCCUGCUAUGUGGAGGUACAAAGUUAACUAGUAAGAGUCAAUUUGGAAUGGAAGACUAGUUUCAUGAGAGCUCACCGUAAAUCUUUAACGGUGUGUGUGCUCUUUUAAAGGAGGCAACAUUAAUUUUUAUAAGAACUUGGACUGCGUAACAGUAAGUUUUGUUUCACAGUCUGUUCCUCCUGACUUCCCCAUGUUACACAUUACCUUUCAUGUGGCAUUCAUUCCCGAAUGUAUCUGGGAAAAGAAACAAAUGCCAGUGUUGUUUGGGAACAGGUGACAGAGGAAAUGCUUAACAGUGGGCAGUGAGAUGCCCAAAUACAUAUGGGGAACGUGAGGAUGGAUAAGAGUCUGCGUGGCAUUUCCACGUGAGAGGCAUUUCAAAACUGUCUUAAAGAUUCGGAAGAGAAAGUUCUUCUCUGUUCCAACUGCUUGAUGCCAAACCUGCUGACACAAGAUAGUUCUAGAAACUAGUUCUGUUUGUUUCCUUUCUCUAGAAUGUUUUUAAUAGUGAUUGUUCUGGGGUUUUGCUUCCUUUCUGAAGCUUUUAAAAAAGUAAUAUCAGAGGGAAUACUCUGGCAGUGAUAGCAGUGUCUUCCUACCUGCUGCGUUCCCAUCAAGGUCUAGCUACAGCACAAGAGUGUUGUUUGAAGGCUGAAGGACUGCACACGCUGUUGUCCUUUCAUCAAUCACCGAUGUGGGCACCUAUUUUCUACAGCUUACUAAGCCUGGGGGCUUCUGAGCAAGAGAAAACAAAAGUAAGUUUUUUUUCAAAUAUAUACGCUUUUGUGUAAGGUAGGGCGUGUGUUUUUCAAAAAAAUCUAAGCCCAGCCUCUUUGCUGGGUGGUCACAUAAAACGAGCAGAAGGGCCACAUGCCAGAGGCUGUUGAGUGGCUGGAUCUAUUAAUGCCUAACGUGCAGAGGCAGCUGAGAAAUACAAAAAUAUUGAACUUUCUGUGCCCAACAAAGUUCCUGUUGUUCAAGCCCGCUGCCUGAAAAAGAGCACGCCCAAAAGUGCAGUGCUGCCCGAUGAAUAACUUAGGCAGGCUACUCCCAGGUCUCUCGUCUUUAGGGAGUGAAGCAAAGAACUGUUUGUGGGUGUUUUCAGCAGAGUCCUUGGUCUGCUUCUGUUUGAACAGGGACAAACUCAGAACAGCACUUUCUCCGUAGCAGUGCGUGUAAUAUUCAGGAAAGGAAUACGUGUUGUAGCAGAAGAGGGAACCAAGCAGAGCAGAUGAAAGAGAAUGAGAACAUGCACAACUGAUGCAUCAGAGUCAAAGGAAAGUUGGAGGAAAGCCUGAAAAGGGGAUGUCAUUUGAACCAUGAGUGUCAUUUUUUUAGACUGUAUAUCAAUGUAUAACAGUUACAAUUUCCUUCUCUCCCGUGGAAUCAUCAGUUAAAUCUUUAGCAACAGAGCUAUAGUGGCCUAAGGGGAUAUCUUUCAAGAAGAAUGAGCGAAGAGCAGCUGAAGAUUUUCUUAAUAGAAAACUUUGAAGCUGUAUUUGCUAUCCCAUAGGCAUUCCUGUCAACUGCAUCAGCUUUUGACAAUGUGGGAGGUAUACAUUCCCUGCAGGGGAUGCAAAGUAGAGAAAAUAGUCUGAGUGGGUUUAGAAAGCCACGGAUCAGCCUUCAGGCAUAGGUAUCCUACAGAUGUAAUGCUGGUUCUAGAAGUAAUGUGACAAAGGGGUCCUAAACCCACUCACUUCUGCCUCGCCACCGAAUCUAGCUAAAUUUAACAGCUACUUUGCUGUACAAGGCUACGUGCAUAGAGGGAAAACUGCUGCCUUCUCUGAUCUGCUCAUAACAGAGCCUUCACUUCAGAACUCAGUUAUCGAAGUAAAUAUUAAGAAAAUGUCAGGAAAAAAAGAUAAUCAUGGCAAAUGAAUGCUGUUACACAGAGAACAAAUACAGGAAAAGCGCUGAGCGAGUUAGAGUGGGCAGAAGUAACUCCUUGUAACUUAUGCUAGCAGUAGACCUCUGACAAAUGCUAGGGAACAGGCUUUAGCAAAUAAUUAUAUUUGCUACAACUGAAGUAGGUGCUGUUUUGACUUGUUACUGUGAUAUACAGCAUGAGAAAUAUCUAGCAGAUCGAAGUCCGUCAGUGGAUAAGUUACUCAGUGCUCCUGAUGGCACGUGUCCUGCUGUACUGUCUCUCCGUGAGAGAGCUUGUGUUUCUCUGGGGGGAAAAAAAAAACCUAACCGGGCUAAAAGCCCAGGAUUUUACCCUGAGCUAUGUUUUCAAUAUACUUUGAAAGGAGGAAGCAAUUGGGUUGAUAAUUAGAAAAAGCAAUGUUGUGAACUUUUAUGUGAGGUCUUGUUGAAAGUCAUGUUUAUUUUGAAAGUAGGAUGGGAGUCAAAUUCCAUGAGAGGUUAAGGCACUAAUGAAAACCCUCACUUGGAGACAGGAGAAAUACCAAGGCAGAACAAAAGUUUUCUUUCUUCCUCCAACUAAUAUUUCGUACCUGGCCUGAACGUGCAAGCUACAGGAUGUUUUUUAUGAAACACGCGCGCACAAGUGCAUAGACUCUAGUGGCAAUGAGAAAAUAUCGGGGCAGACUUUUCUUGCUGUGUGCUGCGAUUUGUGUAAGUUAAUUGUCAGGAUACUGCUUUUUGGUGGUGCGGGGUCUUCCUCCUGACAUCUUCAGAAGUGGACGGUGGAGUGAUGCCUGGAGAACAGGAAUGUGCAAGCAGCUGCCACGCUUCCCAUUUGUGUGCUGCAUUAGCAGUCACUCGAGUGUUGUCAGCUUUUGUUCAUACGCAGCUGUUCCUGCCGAGCUCUUUGGGGACAGUGACUUGCCUUUUUAAAUACGGGGCAUGUUAGGGAACUAGAGAAUGCUUUUUUGGGGGGAGGAAGCAUUUCUGAUCCUUCAAAAACCCAGCGCUCCACGAUGAGUUGUGCAGCUUGCUAUUUACAGUCUAGCAGAGAACUGGCAACCUCAGGGAUGCUGGAAUGCAUUUUUCCUGAAGCGUGGUGGGGAAUUUGCUUUUAGCAGACAGGUAGCUCCGGAUGUCAAGUUUUUUUUCUAAGUGAUACUUUGUUUUGUAGAAUACAGCCUUUUAUAUAAUACCUUACUGCUUAAUUUAAUUAAUUGACUUAAACUCCCUUACAGAAGGGCAAAUACUAGUUCUGCGUGCCCUGCAUGUACUACAUGCGCUGCAUCCCCCUCGAGGCUCGUACUGCUGACGUGCUUUUUGUGGUCUAGUUACGGCUUGAACUGAGAAUGCUUUCAAAGAGACUUGAAAGCUCAGAUGCUUUCCCUGGGCAGCACAGAUUUCAUACGUAUGUGGGGGAGAUCGUUUAGACGUUAGGGGAGAAGAACCACACGAGGCACCAUCCAGCCUGAGGUCAGUGGGAUCGGGAGGUCCCGCCUGAGGACAGGUACCGGCUGCAGGCUCCAUUACUGAGAGCUUGCACUCAGAAGGGUUUUGCACCCUGUCACAGUGAUGGUGAAGCAGAAAUGGGAGAUUUGAUGUUCUCUGUUAGCCCACGCGGACCCCAGCGAUCCUCUUGGGAGUGAGAGCAGGUAGAAGCUGUGCCUUGAUGUGCAAAGGGGGCUGUUGGUGCACGUGAGAUACCAUCUGCGCUUGAGCUCUGCUGGUAAGAAAUUGUAAAUGUGGUUUUAAGUGGUUUAAGAGAGCCUCUUCCUCUUCCGGUGUAAGUGAUGCUCACUUCUCGCAGGUGGGUCAGUUUCCCUUGUGCUGUACAGACCUUUGUUCACCGUCAGUCACCUAACAACUAGCAGGUAGUUAGUUCUGCUGGCCACAGGUACGUACGUGUAAAUAUGAUGUCUGCGCUGGCGUGCCUCCAGGUAUGCUUCUGAUGUCCGUGCUGUAUGACUUGUAACUAAAAGCACAGAUUUUAACCUCUAACUAUGCCUAAAUAUGAUGAGUGACGUCAUUAUAUUAAAAAAAGUUCUGCUUCUAAAUAAAACCCACAUUGGUGUCUUCCACUGUUGCAGGAAGCUUGUUUGCAUUUUUUCCAUGAAAAAAAUAUAAGCAAGUAUUUCUGUGGUGUGGGUCUGCUGGUUUUUUUGUUUGUUUUUUAUCUUUAAUAUCUGUUUUGGUACUGGAAUCUCUGCCUUGCGUUGCUUACUCUCUUGUAGCUUUGUUAAGCUUUGUAGACUUCUGCUGCUCUAUUUUUGUUUUCAGUGUUGAGCAUAGCUCCUUUGUGCUAUAUGUAACUUGUUAAAUGAGUGCACAAGAGAUGUAUUUAUUUCUGUGGACUUCAUUAGUUGGUUUUGGUGCUUGGAUCUCACUGAGAUUUGUGGCUGAUUGGUGCUAUUUGGACAGGGAGAGCUGAUGGCUGGCAGCUGCCUUCGUUGGUGUCAAGCUUUCUUAUACUCAGUAUGGCCUCAUCAUCAACACCUAAAUAUAAUUCAAACUCCUUGGAGAGCUCCUCAAUUAAAAGGACUCUACAAGAUGGAACUAACUGGGAAAAAAAUGAAGAAAUACCUCGUCUGCCAGGAGAGACUAGAGUUACGGACAAGGAUGUUAUUUACAUGUGUCCGUUUAAUGGCCCUGUUAAAGGAAGAGUAUACAUCACAAACUACAGGCUGUACCUGAGAAGUCUGGAAAACGAUCCUGUUGUGGUAUUGGAUGUUCCAUUGGGUGUAAUUUCAAGGAUUGAAAAAAUGGGAGGAGCUUCAAGCAGAGGAGAGAAUUCCUAUGGAUUAGAUAUAACGUGUAAAGAUAUGAGAAAUCUACGGUUUGCAUUAAAGCAAGAAGGGCACAGUAGAAGAGAUAUAUUUGAAGUCCUCACAAAACAUGCUUUUCCCCAGUCACAUAACCUGCUUUUUUUUGCAUUUGCAAAUGAAGAAAAGUUUUCAGAGAAUGGCUGGAUGGUGUACAAUCCAAUGUCCGAAUACAGGAGGCAGGGACUGCCUAAUGAACGGUGGCGAGUAACUUUUAUUAAUGAGCAUUACGGACUGUGUGACACAUAUCCAUCACUCUUAGUAGUGCCAUAUAAUGCAACAGAUGAAGAUCUCAAGAAAGUUGCUGCCUUUAGGUCCCGAAAUAGAAUUCCGGUCCUGUCAUGGAUUCAUCCAGAGAAUCAAGCUGUUAUUAUGCGCUGCAGUCAGCCUCUGGUUGGAAUGAGUGGGAAGAGGAAUAAGGACGAUGAAAGAUAUCUUGAUAUCAUCAGGGAGGCUAAUGGACAAAUCUCAAAACUGACCAUCUAUGAUGCUAGGCCCAAUGUCAAUGCAGUUGCAAACAAGGCAACUGGGGGAGGAUAUGAAAGUGAAGAUGCAUAUCCCAAUGCAGAACUUUUCUUCUUGGACAUUCACAAUAUUCAUGUCAUGCGGGAGUCUUUGAAGAAGUUGAAGGACAUUGUUUAUCCUAACGUGGAAGAAUCACACUGGUUGUCGAGUCUGGAAUCAACCCAUUGGUUAGAACAUAUAAAGCUUGUCUUGACAGGAGCUAUUCAAGUGGCAGACAAGGUAUCCUCAGGGAGGAGCUCUGUGCUGGUUCACUGCAGUGAUGGCUGGGACCGGACAGCACAGCUAACGUCGCUGGCUAUGCUGAUGCUAGACAGCUACUACAGGACAAUUGAAGGCUUUGAAGUUCUGGUGCAGAAAGAGUGGAUAAGCUUUGGACACAAAUUUGCAUCGAGAAUAGGCCAUGGUGAUAAAAACCAUGCUGAUGCAGACAGAUCGCCCAUCUUUCUCCAGUUUAUUGAUUGCGUGUGGCAGAUGUCUAAACAGUUUCCUACAGCCUUCGAAUUCAACGAGCAGUUCUUGAUUACAAUCCUGGAUCACUUGUACAGUUGCCGGUUUGGUACUUUCUUGUACAACAGCGAAUCUGUUAGAGAAAAAGAGAAAGUGACUGAAAAAACAUUGUCAUUAUGGUCUUUGAUAAACAGUGAAAAAUCUAAAUACACCAAUCCUUUUUAUAGUAAAGAGCUAAAUCGAGCGCUCUAUCCAGUAGCCAGUAUGCGUCACCUUGAGCUCUGGGUCAAUUACUACAUUAGAUGGAACCCAAGAAUUCGGCAACAACAGCCAAAUCCAGUGGAGCAGCGUUACAUGGAGCUCCUUGCGUUACGGGAUGAUUAUAUGAGGAGACUUGAAGAGCUACAGAUCACAAAUAAUGCUAAGAUAUCCAACUCAUCAGCUUCAUCAACAUCUCCCUCACAAAUGAUGUCCCAAGUACAAACACAUUUUUGAAGAAAAAGUUGACUUCUUUCUUUAUUGUAAUAGCAAGUGGUGCUUAAUAUAGAUCUAUAGUAUAAAGAAGAAUAUUUUAAUGCCUUACGUUAGACUGUCCUAACACAAAGUAUUUUAGACUGUCUUCAUUUGAGGAGGACUUCAAAACAGACGAAACCAACUCUUCAUUUAUGUGCCUUUCAGAACCUGUGGAGUGGGAACAUGAAUAAUCAGCUUCUAGUUUUGGAAUGCUUUGAGUUAUCUUGGAAAGCCUGGUACAAUUGAAUUGAAAUCGAUUGAUUGUUUUCCUAAGAAUGCUUUAACUUAUUACAUUGUAGGUUGUGUUCCUGUAAGGGAAUUCAUGCUCAGUCUCGGCUGUGAAUAAAACACAUUAACGUCAAUAGGAAUAUUCACAUUGUGUAAAAUUAGGUAUGUGUGUAUUCCUGUUAGGAAUAAGACUGUGGACUUCAUGAGGCAAAAAUAAAUCAUAUUGUAAGAUUUCAGAGAAGUGUUGAAAUUUUCUGGUUACCUGAGAAUUCCAAAUUUUCCUGUUCCAAAAUAAGUGAAAAUCUGGAAGGAAUUUCUCUAACUUCUCUUUCUAACUAAACUGUUCAAAUAGCCCAGUAGGUAUCAAAAGAAAAAUCUAUUUUUUAUUGUAACUUUUUUGAAAAAAUGACAAUUGUACUGGAUUCUGAGAAGUCCUGUUUUGGUUAACUGUUGAACAUUUUAGUAUAUUACAAAUUAUCACUGUUGGCUGUUUGGAUUAAUACAGAAUAAAAUGCUUCUGAAUAAGGUUUAUAUAAUUAAAAACAUACCCACAGGGACAUUGCUUAAAUAUCCAGCAAUAGCCAUUGUAUUAAACCUUGAAUAUGUCUUAUAAAAAAAAAAUGUGCCUGUUUAGAGGAGCUUUUAUACCAAAGUAGGCCAAAAAAAAAAAAUCAGUUACGAAUACUGUUGAAAACUUGUAAAUUUCUAGUUUAUUGUUUAAUGUAUAUCUAACUUCUGUUUAGUGAAUUUAUUCUUAAAUAUUUAAGGGACUUCAGUAUAUGAGAUUUGCAUAUAGCGUGUGCACUUAUAUUGAACUUUCCAGUGAAUUCUAGUUUGAAGUCUUCAUUUCAGAGGCUUUUUUUAAACCUUUAAUUUGUUUUUUUUUCAGGUAUUUUUUAAUACUUGCAAGCAUUUCUUAUGACAGCACAGACCUUGCUACUUGAUAUUUAAUUAGGAUUUUGCAUAUUCUCAGAAGUUUAAUGAUAUUCAGGCAAACUUUGCAAUUCAGAAUCUGUUGAGGACUGAUACUGUUAUUUUAAAGGAGUUGUUUUGAUGCUUGAGACUUCUAUCACUGUAAAUUAUUGUACAUGUGAGUUUUGAUCUGCAGGAUAUAAUAGUAUUAUAUAUAAAUUAAGUUGUGUAAGUAUACAUAAUAUAGUUUUAGAAGUUCUGCAAGUUUAUAAAGUGUAAAUAUUUUGCAUAUGAAAAGUAAAUUUAAAGCUAUAGUUCCAUAAAGUAAGUCAAAGUUUAGAGGACAUCUGAAUAUUUUUAGAAACAGUAUUUUUUUCAAAGAAAUAAAAGUAUACCGCAUCUUGAUUUGAUUCAGUAUAUACACUGAGUUGCACUAUUUUUUUCAGGGAAGCUCAGAGCAUACUGCAUGUGUGUUCUAAAUACAAGUGAUUUCUAUGACUUACUUUUGUCCUCUAAAUUUCAUUCUCCCUUCAAUGUUUUUCGGUAUGUUUCCAAAAUAACAUUUAAUGCCAUGAUCCUCAAAUCGUGGCUUGUUGAGGUAAAUAAGAUGCAUUGUUUCAGAUGAAGGAGGAUACUCAAUCGAUCAUGAUAUACUUAUGUUUUGAAAACUAUGCAUACUCUGGUAUAUUUGCCUUCUACUUGCGGUUUAUAAAGUUUAUAAGUUGUGGAGUUUUAAAGUUUCUAAACUUAUACAAGUUUAUUAGAGUAUUUAAAGUUUGUGUUUGAAUUGAAUGCAUUGGUGACAUCUGAGCAGUGUGGAGGAGUUCAGAAAAUAGUUUUUACUGUGUAAACACUACAUGUUAACCUAUUGCAUUUGGGGAAGUGUAAUAUAAUGGAAAGGAUCUUUUUUGCACUUAGCUCAUUACAUAUAUUCCAUUCUUCAUGUUACUGCUGUGGUUGAAUGCCAUUCUUUGGAACUCUCUAGCAUAAUAGCUAUGUGCGGGCUUGAUUUUUUUCAAGCCAGCAAGUAAGAUACUUGGUUUUAAUUCUAUUUUGUGGUGGCAAUAUCAAUUAGACAAAUGUAGGGAUGUUUUAAAUCCAAUGCUUUCUGGAAAAUACUACUUUAGAGUUAUUGAGAAUGUAGGCAUACAAACUGAUCAAUGUUAAUAGGAAGCUUUUCGUCUUUCCAUUUAAGGGAGUGAUUUGGGCUGUCGUUCUGCAAUGCACUGCGAGGCAAUACACUGUAUCUGUACAAUAGCUCCCCAGUCAGUCCCCAUCCUCUCUUCUCAGCUGCACUUGUGUGGGUUUUGCAUAGCAGCUUCAGAAAUCACUGAAGUUAACAAGUUACUGUAGCUGUGGUAGCCAGGAACAAAAUACAGAAAGUUUUGGAGGUGGUGAAUAAGAAUUAGGCACUGAGUGCCUUUUUCAGGAGAGGGAAAAAUGCAGGGCUGAGAUGUAAAAUCAACAGCUAUAAACACCUGAUAGCCGGUGUGAAAUAUCAGUCUCAGAGCUGUAUUUUAGUGAUGGCUUUUUCAUUUUUAUUUUUGUAUCCAUUCUUCCAUGGACAUGAGAGGUUAACCCAGUUUUUGUACCGGGCUCCCAUUACAUAGGAAGCUGUUGUUGAACGCCUUCUUUCUUUGCUGUUUGCCUUAUCCCGCCCAGUGUCACUGUUAUGGGUAUACCCUAGAAACGAUUUGCAUACUACCUCCUUUCGAUGUAUGUUUAAACUCUGCCUUCAGCUCUCUUUUUGUUCUGUUUUGUCUCAUUUCGGUCUAGCAUUGUGUCACACAGGAGAAGGCAGGUGUCUAUGCCCAGCCAGGCCUCUGAGGUGUUCUCCUCGCCUAACAUCCUCAGCUGGGCGCUGUCGCCCUGCCGCUGGGCGCUGCUUUAUAACCCUUCGGGGCGCAGAGGGGGCUUGCGAGCCAUGUACGCGUGUGAAGGAAAAACCAAUAAAGCUGUCACUUUGAAA